AUGGUCCAGGCCGCGAGGGCUGGGGAGGAAGACGUGGCCCUGGCUGUCGUGGCAGAGGCGGCUGGGGAGGCCGCGGUGGCUUCGGCGGUCCGCCACCGUUCGGAUUCGGUCCAGAUUUCUGGUCCGGUCCUCGCCACCAUCCACACCAUCAUCACCAUCAUCGCAAAGGAGUCUGAGGCCACCAAGCCAGGAUUCGACCUCGGCGGGUUCCUGAACAACCUGGGUGAUCGUCUUGGCAUCGACCUCGCGGGUGCAGCGGAGAACUUCGGUCUCGACAAGGACAAGUUCACGGCAUCUCCAUCCAGCGACGAGGUUGACUUCGAGCCACGGACCGACAUCUUCGACACCCCUUCCCACUACGAAAUUCAUGCAUCUCUUCCAGGAGCCAAGAAAGAAGAUGUUGGCGUGGAUUGGGAUGGGGAGCACUCCAUCCUCCGAGUCACCGGUGUCGUGCACCGUCCUGGAGUAGACGAGGAACUGCUCAAGCACUUGGUUGUUAAUGGACGAAAGAGAGAAAACGGACUGUUCGAGAAAGCGGUCCGCCUAGGCACGAAACGUGAUCCUGCUAGUGUCGACGUUGCUGGCAUCACAGCCAAGAUGGUCGACGGAGUCCUGGUCAUCAGAGUGCCAAAGGUCGAUCGCGAAGUCCAGAGACGCGAGGUCCCAAUCUCACAAGCUGAGAGCACGCAACCUCACAACGACGAGAAAGAUCUGCUCUUCGAUGCAGAUGAGGAAAUGUACGAGGCAGCGCCCCAAGUUGCUGCAGAGCCAACCACGAGGGGCAAAGAUCACGACGCCAGGGAUGAGCGGUCCGUAACGGCAGGUCGCGAAGAAGAAACCUUGCCUCGCUACGAGGUGGAAGAAGCAUCCGCCAGCGAGAAGGACAUGAGUGACUGGGAGCGAGAUUCGGAAGAGGAAGGCGACUAUGUCAAGAUCAACGUUGACUGA